AUGAAGGACAAUAACUACCACAAUAGGCAUGCUUCGAAUCGCGCAUGGGAAGCAGUGGCCAUUGCUUUGGGGAAAACAAGCGAGACUGUGACAGGCAAAUGGAAAAAUUUAAGGGACACGUUUCGCAGGGAAUUGAAGAAAGUCCCUGGUUAUCGGUCCGGAAGUGACGGUGACCAAGCCCCCAAAUACACUGGACAUUGGCCAUAUUUUGAAAGGAUGCUGUUCCUCAGAGGUGUAAUGACGCCAAGGCCUACUGAUUCUAACAUGUCAGUUACUGAUGAAGAGCGAAAUGAAAAUAACAUUGAUACCAUAACCCACGAAUCCGAUCCUGAUGACCCUGGUAAUUCAAUUCAAUCUCAUGUUGAUGUCGGUAGCAAUUCAGAAGUUUCACGGUCCGUUAAAAAUCUAUAUACUAGCAACAAUGACCAGGUACAAACGGCACCUUAUAUAUCUAAAAGACGUAAAUUAACUGGUUCAGAGCAAUUUAAGGCUGAUAUUUUGGCCCUAGAGGCUAAAAAGAUUAACAUGCUCGAAAAAGACAGUGACCAGAGUGAUGACGAUUUAAAUUUCUUCAAGUCAUUGCUGCCACAUAUGAAAACUCUACCAGCAGUAAAUAAAUUAUUUUUCCGCAGUAAAGUUCAGAACAUGCUUGCUAAGGAAAUGAUGAACGCCAACCGGCCCCAUUACGCUACAUUUCCAAAUACAUUUGUUCGUACUACUCCACAAACGCCAGUAACUACGCCAGAAACUACUUCUCAUGCUACUACUAGUUCAGGAAAGACGCCAGCAAGUACGCCUGACGUAAUUGUACAUCAAGAUCUUAACACAGACGAGACUCAAUCUCAAUCUAUCUUGCUAUGGAAUUUAAAUUGA